UUUCAGCACAUCGGUGUUCUUGAAAACGGCGAUGACGACGCAACCCGAUUUGCUUACUGAUAAUGAUGAUUAAACGCCCAUUAAUGCGGGAAUGGGUGGCACCACGCGCAGUCAUCUUCUCUGAACCCCUACUAUCAUCAUGAAAGCCAUUCUCGACGGUAUCGUUCUCGCUGACUCCAAUGACACCAAAGUCAUCGAGGGCAACCAUUAUUUCCCUCCCGACUCAGUCAAGAAAGAGUAUUUUGUUGCAUCCGAUACGAGCUCUGUGUGUCCAUGGAAAGGUACCUGUUCAUACUACGACGCGACAAUCAGCGGAAAGACCGUGUCAGACGUAGCUUGGUACUAUCCCAACACAAUAAGUGAUCGUGCAAAGCCUAUCGAGAACUAUGUUGCUUUCUAUAAGAACAAGGUCCAGUUUGAGUAAAGUAUCUGAACAUUGGUCGAGAAAACCAAGAAACCAUGCAUUGUUUGUUGUAUAUAG